CUCAGCGGGGGUGUCUCAACAAAAGGGUCAGCGGCAGUAACGCGACCUAAAAUAUUCAUCGAGCUCCAUAAACGUCUCUCUCGCACAGCUUCCGCUCCUUCGUGCUGCAUUCGGGUGCCCUUCGUAAACGUCGGUACCCACAAUCCCUUGCGGCGGAGCAACACCGAAGCGUCUCUCCGGCUACAUCGCAAAUUCGAUAACGGAGCGACGCCGCCGCCGCCGCCGCCGAGGAACCUCGCAGUGAUUCCGACAACAACCGGGCCUCGCCGCCGACAUGAUGUGCGACACGACGAACCGAAGUUUUCGUGCGCAGUUAGCCGCCGUCCUGGACAAGCUAACCAAGGCGGCUCUGCUCGAAAUCGGCAGCCUCGCCGACGAGUGCUCGUCCGUUCUCCACAGCGAGAUAUCCCAGCACAAGACGGAGAACGAGGCGCUGAAGAGGAGGUGCUACUUGCUGGAGGUGCAGCUGAGAGCAGCGAGGGAGGCGCAGACUUACUCCGCUCAUGUCAACAACGUCGGCCGGCGGCACCCCGCAGAACAGCAGCAGCUGGCUCCAUCCAUCGAUGGAGUCUUCGGAAAGGACUGGUGCAUGGAUCUGUGGAGGGAAGAUAAAAUGCCUCCUCAAAGGAAAGAGACGGCCAUGAGCAGCAUGGGGGUUCAGGCGAUCGAUUUAAUGCCGAGCGAACCCGACCUCGUCUUCGUCAAGGAGGAGAUCUAUGACGACCAUCCCAUCGGCCAGCAGAUGAGGCUUCCGGAUACUAGAAAAGUUGUGGGCAUUUUUGACGAGGACAGCAUGCUUCAUAGAUCCGUUGACGAGCUGCAGCUUCACUCUGGGCAAUUAAGCAGCUUCCCCAUGACAGCUGACAGUCAAGCGCAGCAACGCGCACAGCCGACAAUUAUGGACAAGCUGAUAGACGACGCGACCAUGAGCGCCCUGGUUGACGACACGCACGUCCCCCCGGCCCCCGGCGAAUACUCAAACUACGCCAACCACAUCCACCCGAGCGCGGCCAAAGAGUUCAACGGCGAGUCGAAACCCGCGAAGCCGACCAAGCGCUUCGAGUGCUUGUUCUGUGGGAAAAUAUUCAACUAUCUGAGCAGUUUAAAAGUCCACAUCAGGCGGCACUCCGGCGAGAAGCCGUUCAGCUGCUCGGUUUGCGGCAAGCGGUUUGCUCAGAAAACGUACCUGAAGCUGCACCAGCGCGUGCACUCCGGAGAGAAGCCCUACAGCUGCCCGGACUGUGGCAAAAGCUUCUCCCAGAAAAGCUCUCUGAACAUACAUCUUCGAACACACACGGGUGAAAAGCCCUACAGCUGUGUGGACUGUGGGAAAUGUUACGCGUACAAGUACGGUUUAAAUCACCACCAGUGUUUCCACUGACUCGUCCAACCACCAGUUUCACGGGUGAGAAGAAAACCGAUUCCAAAACCGCUACUUCAAGGGCGCCCGCCCGCUUAUAGGCUACGGCAAACUCAAAUGUGGUUAGGAAAUGUAGGUUUGACGUACUCUUAUUUAUAUCAAAGAUAGUUAUGCUUAAUGGUGCUCCUGCAAAACCUAGUUUGACGUGUUUUUAGCUUUUAUUGUCAAGCGAAACGAGGGAACACAGAAUGUCUGUCCCCUCGUGUACCAUUUGAAUUAGUGGGAUUUGGUUUGUUUUAUCGCUUUGGGGUUCUAUUAAUGUGCCAUGCCCGUAAAGAGCUUAUUAAGUAUGUUACACAAUAUAGUUUAUAAGUGUCAUACAUCAGGUGAGACAUUUCUUCGUGCAUUUAAUGUGACGUGCUCAUCCAAGUUGUGACAAAUACUUAGACUUUAUACAUCGCAUGUAGUCAUAUGGUUGGGGUAACGCAUUAUACCUCAGUGUCAUAUUUCAUGCCACCAACGGCCUGGGUUUAAUAAUGCCAAAAUACUUACUCAAGUAAUACAAACGUGCUCCAUUGUUUUGCACACGUAGCUAAAACCUUCAAAACUACCUCUUCACGACAAUGCUGAAGUAAAACUGGCUUGGUUUUUUCUUCAUUGUUCAAAGCCUCAUAAGUGUCUCAAAUCAUGCCCACGUCAUAUGUGAUAUUUAAAGGAAGUACAAAGGUCUCUUUUUGAAGUGUAGAUGUGUGUUGGUUACAUAAUAUUCAAGUGAGAUCCACAAGUGGCUGUGGUUUGAAUGCUGUUAUUGUUUUAAAUAAAUGUAUUUAGUGCAUCACAA